AUGGAAUAUCAGGAUGCGGUGCACGCGCUGAAUGCGCUGCAGUCCAACAGCAGUGUUCUGGAGCAGCUGCAGCUGCAGCCGCAGCAGCAGAGGAGCCAUCCCGACACGGCGCUGAGCGCCGCCAGGGCCUUUCUGCAGCGUGCUGGCCUCACGAUAGAAGAGCUUGACUGUCUCCAUGCCAUCCAUGUUGCUGGGACCAAGGGCAAGGGAUCAACAUGUGCUUUUACAGAAAAUAUACUCAGGAGUUAUGGAUUCCGCACUGGAUUUUACAGCUCCCCACAUCUGGUGGAAGUCAGAGAGAGAAUUCGUAUUAAUGGUUACCCAAUCAGCGAGGAGCUCUUCACAAAAUAUUUCUGGCAGGUCUAUAAGCCACUGGAGGCAACAAAGGAUGCUCAUGAGGGCACUAUGCCCGCCUACUUCCUCUUCCUCACCAUCAUGGCCUUCCAUGUCUUCCUCCAGGAGAAGGUAGAUGUGGCAGUGAUUGAAGUUGGAAUCGGAGGUGCCUAUGACUGCACAAAUGUGAUAAGGAAGCCGUGGGUGUGUGGGAUCUCCUCCUUGGGAAUUGAUCACGCAAGCCUGCUGGGAGACACCGUAGAGGAGAUCGCCUGGCAGAAAGCUGGCAUUUUUAAACCAGGUGUCCCAGCAUUCACGGUGAAACAGUCAGACGCAUCAAUGGCUGUGCUGAAGGAAAGAGCCAAGGAGACUGAGUGUGCUCUCUCUGUGUGUCCAGACCUGAGGGAGUACCCAGCCCCGGCCCGGUCAGCGCGUCUGGGCCUGUCGGGUCAGCACCAGCGCUGCAACGCCGCCCUCGCCCUGCAGCUGAGCCGCCGCUGGCUGCAGCACAGGCACCAGCCUGGGCUGGAGGACACAGAAUGGCUCGGUCGCUCCCAGAUCCUGAGGCACGGUCCCAUCACCUACUUCCUGGAUGGGGCCCACACCACUGACAGCAUGCUGGCCUGCGUGCGCUGGUUCAGAGAGCAGGAGAGAGUAGACACGGGGCCUGUGGUCAGAGUACUGCUGUUCAAUGCUACAGGGGAGAGAGACUGCACAGCUUUGCUGAAGCCGCUCGUGGAUUGCCGCUUUGACUUUGCCGUGUUCUGUCCGAACGUUGUGGAAACAAUUGCACCACACGACUCAGACAAGCGCUGUUCCCAGAUGGCAACGGAGAAGAUGCUGACCCGUUGCCUCGACAACCAGAGCAGGUGGCUGAGCUUGUGUGAGCAAAGGGGGGCCGAUCUGCUCUACGAUGGCAGGCCUCAUCUGGGGGCUGAGCGGAGGACGCACACCCUGGUGUUCCCCUGCAUUCUCAGUGCCCUCUGGUGGAUGACCCAGGGAAAGGAUCCUAUCUUGGCCUCACGGUGCAGGAGUUUCCUCCCAGGACUGUCCAGCGAUAGUGCUAAGGCUGCACCCCUAAGAGGGGCUGCAGACAUUCACAUUCUCAUCACAGGAAGCCUGCAUUUGGUUGGGGGUGUUCUGAAACACCUGGACCCCUCCCUAUCAACUUAAUCUGUACCAUUGUUUACUAAAGAUACUGCACACAUGACUGAAAAUAUCACUGCAAUCAGUGUAUAGCAGCUUGAAGCUGUUAAUGCACUUUGUGCACUGACACUGUCUGAUGGUGGUGUGCCAACUUGCUUUUAACCUUUGAACCCUAGGUUUUUGGAAUGUUUUUUUGUCAGUGUUAAAGAACUCCGUUGCUUUCAAUAGCGAUUGCUGCAUUAGAAUUUUGAAUGUUCAGUUAAGAACAUUCUAAUUACAUAUUUUGAUUUUGCACCUCAGAGACCGAGUAAGACCCGAACACCUCAGGCUGCACUGGGUGCCAUUUCACCCCUUCUGCAUAGCCACCCUGUCAUUGUCAGAGAUUUGCUUAAAGAUCGGUCCCCAAGCUGCAAACAUACUUGGGUUUAUAGGUCACGCAGGCAGUUGUCCGCAUAUCUCAUGGUCUAGGUCAUGCUUAUACUGUGUAUACACAUUUUCUGCCUCACCCAAUGACUCAGUGUGUGUCACAACACCCCCAUUCAUAUCAAGAACCCCUCCAAAAAUGUGGUUUAACCUUCUUGUCAUGACCAGACUGACAUAACCUAAAGCUUUUUACAGGUGCGGUACCAUUGUCUUUUCAGAAGGCAAAGCCACUUUUAAUGCUCUCGUGGGUGUGUUUACAUGUGUAUUAAAACAUGGGUUUUGUGUUGAGUCUGCCAGCUCUGUGCUGAAUGCACCUGUCAGUGUUUAUAAAUCAAAUUCCAUGCAUUUAGUUUUAGUUGUACAGUACAAUAUUUUGAGUGUUAUAAUUACAGGCCAAAAUGUUUUUGGUGAAAGGUACAGUCAAAAUGUUGCAGAACAUCCAAAUAGAAAGUGUUCACUUCUACCCAAAAGACAAAGUGAGAUUUUAAUGGCAACAUGCCAGAUGCACAAGUAUUUACUCGUGUACGGUUAUUAUAUAAAUCAUUCACGAUUACAUUCAAGAUUCAAGAUCAAAUUUAGCAUAAAAUCUAAGAACAUUCUACAGACGGGUGACAAUGAAAAAAAAAC